AUGAGCAACGAGAUUGAGGUUGUGGUCGACUCCGGGUCGGAUGCCUCAUGCCUGCCACUGUCUUGGGCACACGUUGGAAGGGCUGAUGGAGCGAGCCUUGAUAGUUUCAGGGAUGCCCAGGGUCGCAUGAUUAGGGGUUCGCAAAUGCGUACGGCAGUGCUUCAGAUUGACGGUGUUCAAUUUAAGGAGCGGUGGCUGUUGAGCAGUGUGACACAGCCGCUUUUCAGUGUCGGCAAGUUGCUCAGGCGGGGAUGGGACAUCAUCCACAGUGACGGUGUUCCUUACUUGACAAAUCCUGGGGGCACAGUGCGCGUGCCUAUGCACUACCGGCACAAUUCCUUGCAUGCGCGAGGCUCCAUCAUGAGCGUGGUAGUGUGUGCCAACGACUGUUUGAGCGAUGAGAGAGAGGACGAUGCGGCCCGACACCACGAGCCUCAGGAAGCCGAGCCUGAUGAUGAGCAGGUGCGCGGCAACGACCAGCAAGUCGAGGUGCCCCGGAGUGCUGAAGCAGACAGCCCUGUUGCGGCUGCGGUGCGUGCGCUUAAGCUUGGCAGUGCAUGGCUGAACCUGGGUAGCCAAUACACCGAGAUGCAGCCUGGAAUCUUUGCUAGGCAAGAUCAGUCGGAUCGGUUUCUUGAUGUGUCAGUGCCUUUGAGCCACCAUGGAGUGAGCUUCCGCACUACCCUUCAGUAUGACGGUGCUGAAUGGAGACUGAUUGAAAUCAACUGCAUGAUCAGCCUCUUCGAUGAUCUUGAGAAGGAGUUUGAGCCUAAAGGGUCCCGCCACAUCAUCACCAUCGGCUCUGUUGAUCCUUUGCAAGUUGAGAAGCUGUUUGAUCAGCAGCAUGUUCCGUGGAAUGAUGAAAGUUAUGAUGGCGAGUAUGCCGAUGCACCGCCUGAUGAAAGCAUGAUUGAGGAGGAUGAAAAUGCUGAGGAUGAUGACGGUGGCGGUGUAGGACCUGUGCCUCCCGCCGAAGUUCCUUCCCAGGGUCAUGUUGUGGUCAAUGGGGUUGAGUUGCAUCCCGGGUGUACCCUUAAGACCCUAAGGUCGGCCUGUGAAGUUCUUGGAAUAGGCAAGUCUGGAGGAAAGGCAACGGUCUUUACGAGGAUCGAGCAACACUUGAAAACCCAGGAGUUGCUGCAACAACAUGCUUUCCAGACUGAUGGUGUGCCAUUGCCUCUUGAACAAAAGUUUGUCGAAGAGCCAACUGCAGAGCAGAAGCGUCGCCAUGAGCUCAGCCAUGUGCCAUUUGCAGAUUGGUGCCCGCACUGUGUUAAAUUCCGCGCCAAAGCCGACAAGCAUGUGUCGAGCAAACCCGAGCUGCGUGAUGAUUCCGUGUGCAGCUUUGAUUUUGCUUAUACAGGCCGGAGCAGCCCAGCUGAGUUUGAAGGUGCAUCAAAGGACAAGCUUGUUUGCCUUGUGUUGAAAGACUCCCACACAGGAGCGAUGCAUGCUGUGCCAACGCCAGCCAAGGGCGGACCGGUUGCAUUCAAGUAUCUUGUUGCCGAAGUUUGUCGGUUCUUGAAUUACUGUGGGCACGAGUCCGUCACGAUCAGGUCUGACGGUGAGCCAGCUUGCUUAGCACUUCAGCAGGGCAUCAAAGCUUUCAGGACCAAGAUGGGGUUGCGAACCCACUUGGAACAGACUGAGCCAGGUGAUCACCAGUCAAAUGCUUCGGAACAGGCCAUUGACAGCAUUCGGCAGCUUGCAGGAUGCAUUCUUGAUCAGUUUGAGGAGCGUGCUCAGACAACUGUAGGUGCAAUGCACCCAGUGCACGCGUAUGCUUGGAGACACGCUGCCUGGCUUCACAUGCGGAUGUCACGGCACAACGACCUCAGUGCGUUUCAAGUGAUCAAUGGCAGGCCAUAUGCGGGGAAACUUGUUUGCUUCGGAGAAAAUGUCUACGCAAGGGUUAAAAGCAGUGUCAAAGGAAAAGCACGCUGGUGCAAAAUGCUUUGGCUUGGAAAACUUCCUGUGUCGGACCUACAUUUUGGGGUCACCGAAGGAGGAUUCAUGCUGUCCUCAAGGUCCGUUAGACGGUUGCCAAAGCAAUAUGAUUCAUCCUUGUGUGCCAAGCUGCGGGACAUGCCAUGGAGCCAAGCAUCUUUUCUUGCAGGCCAAGUUGGUCAAGCACGUAAGCAGAAAACGCUUGAGGGUGAUGAGGGUGCCGGAACCGAGCCUCAGGUUGAGCAGCAAGCCGAAGUGCCUCCACAAGCAGGUGCGGCGGAGAAUCCUUUGCCGUUUCCGGGUCAUCUGUUGCCCGACGAUGCAAUGCUGCAAGAGUUUGUGCCACCGCUGCCCCGAGAGCCAGUGUUGCAUUCACCUGAGCCGCCCACGCCUGUAGCGGCCACUCCAGGGCAGCAAGCAGAAACGCCGAUGCAAGUUGAAACGGCCUCGCCACUUGUGUCGUUCGAUGAUGGGCCUGGGAUUGCUUCUUCGUCCUCUGGGAUAGCACGUCCUGCGACUGAGGAAGCAGGCGGGGAAGCUCCAGCCCGAAAGAAACUUCGUCUUGAUGCUGUUCAGACAAGUGCACAUGAUUGUGAAAUGUUCCAUCACGAUGAGGCUCCCGAGCUUCUUGAUGAAAGUGCAGAGCAAUUUCUUGAUUGUGCGGAUGAGUCCAUGUGGGACACUGAGGAUUGGGCUGAUGAUUCAGCCAAUGCGCCUGACAUCCCUAGCAUUUUGAUUAAGCCUUUCAGUGAAACUGAGCCAGUGUGCGAUGCAUCCGAGCUUGAAGCCAUUGAUGCUGCAGCAGAUUCCUUUGAGCUUGAUCGGUUGACGAAAGCCGGUGUUCUUGAACAAAGUGAGUCCUGGCUUGAAGGGCAUCGGACAUUGUCUUCCAAGUACGUCCGCACAUGGAGGCCUAAAGUCAUCAAGGGAGAGCGCGUUUGGUUGCGCAGAGCCAGGCUGGUUGCGCGAGAAUUUGCGCAUUUAGAUCCGGGCAGGCAGCACUUGUUUGCACCGACCACGACCCAGUGCAUGCUGAGAAUUGUUCCGUCACUUUUCAUUCGCAACUUUGGGGACGGCUGGUCCCUGCUGAGUCUUGAUGUAUCCGACGCUUUCUUGCAGUGCAAGCAACAGCAUGAUGCCUUGACAAAAGUCGAUGGAAAAUGGUAUAAACUUUUCCGAAUGCUGCCUGGGCAAAGGGACGGAUCUGCUACCUGGUUUCAAGAUUUUAUGUGUGAAAUACGUGCAGCUGUUGCUGCUGAGCCGUUGGCAGAGCAACCAGUGUUGUUUCGCAUCCCGCAUGCGGAAGGCAGCCACAUGUGCCAAGGAGGUGGAAUGGUGCAUGUAGAUGACAUGCUUGCAGCAGGAUUGACUGCGCGCCUUCAGGAGCUUGAGAAUCACUUGAAGUCAAAGUUUAAAGUGUCCAGUGAAUGGAUCCGCCAAGUUGGUGACGAGGUUUCCUUCUUGAAGCGGCGACUGAUUUUAGUCAGCCCCAAUUUGCUGGUUGUUGAACCUGACAUCAAAUAUCUUGAGAAACUCUUGAAAAUCACUGGACUUGAUGGUGCCAAGGAGCGGUACAAGGCGGCCCCGUUCCCGACUGGAGGCCUGCCGACAGACCUUUCAUCGGACCGCGAGCUGAACUCAGAGUCAGCAUCAAAGUAUCGCUCAGCACUUGGUAUCCUAAUGUACCUUGCUUCUGACCUGUUGGCGUGUCAAUUUGGGAUUCGGUUCUUGUCCACACAUGCUCACAAGCCUACCGAAGGAGUCGGACGGACUCGCCACAUCGACGGAAAGCUGUUAUGGCUACAGCAGAUGACUCAGGAAAAGAUGCUGGACAUUUCACCGGUUGGAACCGCAGAGAAUGUUGGUGACCUCCCCACGAAACCUCUCAAGCCGGAGAGAGUUGAGUUCAUUCUUGCACGCUUGAAUGUUCGUGACAAAGACUGCGGCUAUGCUUUGGUUGGGAAUGAUCACUUGCUUGACCACAGGACGCGACACCAUGUGAGUCGUGUUGUGAAGCGAGGAGCAGUGAACCCACAGCUUGUGCUUCAGAUCCUUGCAUUGGCUUUGCAAGCAGAUUCUGUCGCCAGUGCCGAUGAUGAGCCCAAUACGCAUCGCGAUGACGCCUUGAGCCAGGGGACUGGCGAGCACGGUUACGGGGAGAUGUUUUGGAAUUUUCUUGAACAGUUGCUGUAUGCGAUUUUCUUGAUUGCAGAUUUCCUUGCAGAGCAUCCCAUGCCGAGUUUUAUCGUGAGCCAAUGCGUUAUCAUUGCAGUGCUGUGUGGUAUCUUCUUGUGCCGUGGAAACAGGCCAGAAAGGUUGCAUGAGAAAGCAAGUGAGGCAGCCGCGAGCAGCGAUGGCAGCGCGCCGCAGGUGAUGCCGGGUGUGUGCGUCAAUGUGACGGUCGAGGGAGCCAAAGUUUCGGUUGAUAGUGUAGUCCCGAAACCUGCCGAGAACCCUAAUCCUUGCGCCUUGGCCAGCCCUAAGAGUACUGCCGGGCCGUGCAGUGCGAGUGUGCUUGGACAGAGCAGCGGCCGAGCUGCUGAUGACCAUGAUGCUCCCGACCCGACAGCGCGAUCAUCCAAUGGACCUGCGGUGCAGCCAAAAGCGCCGGUGCAGCCGAAAGCACCGAACCCAGCAGUCACAUAUGCAUCUGUACUUGACCAGCGUAUCAGAGAUGAGCUUGAUCAGCAGACCGUUUGGGUGACCAAGUCGCGUGGUUAUGCAUACCAUGGCCGCCGGAGUUGCGGCAACUUGCAUAACGCCAAAGCCCUUGAGCGCCUUACACGUGGAGAGGCAGUGCGACGAGGCUUUAAGCCAUGCAAAGCUUGCUACGGUGGCUGA